AUGGUUCGUGAGCGCAGUCCUAGCAGGACAUCUUCUGGAAAGCAUCUUUCUCCACAAAAGCGAAAUCAAGACCAAGCGCGGGCGCCGUUGGCAAACAUCUCCGCGCGCAUUCAGUCUCCAUCCAACACACAUCGAUCCUCCACCGACAUGGCGGGCAACGAUGAUGUCGAGUUUGGCAAGGCCAGUCCCAUGCGCAACCCGCUGCAUCCGCAACCCCGACCACCGCCCAAGAAAGCACCGGCCAGCGUGUUCAUCCCCAGAGCGCGUCCCUCGCAGCAACCGGGACAACAACAGCAGCAGCGCCAGGUCAGCGGAUCCGACGCACGCAAUGCUGGCUUCGUUCUACCGGGCCAGCGCCCAGCCCAACCUCCCGCUCCAAACACUCAGUCUACCUCCCUCUCCGCAGCACUAGAGUCAAUGAGCCUGCAGCACCGCAACUUUUCCAACGACUCCGAUUUCACCGAAAUCGCGCGACCCGCCAACAUGCCUCUAAAAGCGAUACAUCCCCCCUCUCAGCCAGUGUUUUCAUCCAGAAAUCCAGUGCCCUUCAAACCGCUGGCACCGCCGCGCAAUGUCAUCACCAUUGACGACAGUGACGAAGGGGAGCGUUUCGAUCCGGACGCKGAGAUUCGAAAGACCAGCGGUAGAUUUGGCACCGAGGACCCACUCAUGUACGUCGAUUCAAGUCGUGCAAAUGAAAACAUCAAAAACCUACUCGAGGGCGCUUUCGACGACGAGGAGGAGAAGGGUAGGACCCGACUCCGCAAACGCAUCAAGAAGGUCGAAGCCGAGCAGAAAGAGGUUAAGGGCCUUUCUGCUAGACUCGCGGCACUGGAUGUGAAGGCGGAGGAGAAAGAGAACGAAGACGAGGAAGACGAAGAGGAGGAGGAGGAUGGCACAGUUGAUGGUCUCACUGUUAAGCUGCUUCCUCAUCAGGUCGAAGGUGUUUCCUGGAUGAUUGACAAGGAGAUUGGCAGAACGAAGACGAGAGGUGUCUUGCCCAACGGCGGCAUUCUCGCUGACGACAUGGGUCUAGGCAAGACGGUCCAAUCUGUGGCCUUGAUUCUGACCAACCCUCGUCCAGCACUCGAUGCGAAGCCGGAGCAUAAAAACCAGAAACUUCCGUCGAAAGAGGUCAACAAGGGCACACUAGUUGUAGCUCCACUUGCACUCAUCAAGCAGUGGGAAGCCGAGAUCAAGACGAAGGUGACUAAGAGUCAUGCAUUGAAGGUGCUUGUCCAUCAUGGCCCCAACCGCACCAAAUCUAGUGCGGAGCUCAAGAGAUACGAUGUGGUCAUCACUACUUUCCAAACCCUCACCUCGGAGCAUGCUGGAUCCAACAUGACAGUCAGCAGCGGCAGUCGUAUCGGCUGCUUUGGUGUGCACUGGUACCGCAUCAUGCUGGAUGAAGCACACAGCAUAAAAAACCGCAAUGCGAAGUCCACGCUCGCGUGUUGUGCACUAAACGGCUGGUAUCGUUGGUGCUUGACCGGUACACCACUUCAGAACAAUUUGGAUGAACUACAGAGCUUGAUCAAGUUCUUGCGUAUCAAGCCGUAUUGCGAGUUGCCUGCGUGGAAGGACGCCAUCACCCAGCCAAUGAAAGCUGGUCGCGGCGGACUUGCAAUGAGGAGGUUGCAGGUCUUCCUCAAAGCGUUCAUGAAGCGUCGGACCAAGGACAUCCUCAAGCUUGACGGUGCUCUCAACUUUGGUGGAAAAGGAAAGGAGAAUAAUGGUGGUAUGCAGAUCGUCAAGCGGGAAGUACUUACUGUGGAGUGCGAUUUUGAUCCUCAGGAGAAGGAGUUCUACGACCGCCUCCAAGACAGGGCUGACAAGAGACUGCAAGACAUGAUGGAUGGGAGCCAUAAAACCGAUUACAUUGGGGCAUUGGUUCUACUGCUACGGCUGAGACAAAUGUGCGACCACCMCCAGUUGAUCGAGAUGGCUAUGAGCAAGGACAAAGACGCGAUGACCACUGGAACUUCAAACAAGAGUGGCAAGGUAGAAGAUGAGGAGAUUGACGAUCUCGCUGCGCUGRUGGGAGGUGUUAGUGUGCAGGCCAAGCAUUGCGAUGUCUGUCAGAUCAAACUUUCAUCGGAAGAAGCGAGAGAUAGUGCAGUGAGGUGCAGUGAAUGCGAGGCAGAUAUUGUGCAGAUGAAGGAGAAAGACCGGAGCAAAGGCAGGAAAGUGAAGAAGGAGAAGUCAAAAGUCAAGAAGAUCAAGGCUGAGGUCAAAGUCGAGGCCAAGACCGAUCAACGUCGGGCAAGAAGUCGCAAGAUCAUUGCGGACAGUGACGAUGAGGGGGAGGAAGAGGAGCAGGAUGCCGGCGAGUGGAUCGCGAAGGGGCCCGAAGAAGAGAUCGAUCUUGGUCGGGCUGGAGGGUCCGACGAUGAGGAUGCCGAUGGCGGCGGGGAGACUCUCAACACCAUUGAUACAGAGCGCAGCGAGGACGAUACCUCAGAUAUUGAGGAUUCCCCACCGCGCGCCGUACGACGACGCCCAGCUAGGAUCUCCACAUCUUCGGAUGAAGAAGACUCGGACGCGGACGUCGAUGACGACAAGGUAGAUACUGAUGAUGAUUCCAAUUCGGAAGCGAGCUCUGAAACAGACUCCGAGACUGAUGCAUUACCAUUGAACCUCCUCUCCGGGCUUGGUCACACUGGGAAGUCCGCCCACGCCCCAUCCACCAAAGUGCGGCACCUCUUGCGCAUUCUCCACCGCGAGACCCCGGAACACAAGACUAUUGUCUUUUCACAGUUCACCACGAUGCUUGACCUCAUCGCGCCUCACUUGAUCGCAUCAGGACUCAAAUUCGUCCGCUACGACGGCAGCAUGCGUCCAGAUGCCCGCGAAGCUUCUCUCAAGGCUCUACGAGACGACCCCCGAUGCAGAGUGCUCCUCUGUAGCUUGAAGUGUGGAAGUCUCGGUUUGAACCUCACGGCAGCGAGCAGAGUGGUGAUUGUGGAGCCUUUCUGGAACCCUUUCGUGGAGGAACAGGCUAUCGACAGAGUGCAUCGGUUGAACCAGACAGUGGACGUCAAGGUUUUCCGACUAACGAUAAGGAACUCAGUCGAGGAGAGGAUAUUGGAACUGCAGGAGAAGAAGAGAGAGCUGGCCAAUGCUGCGAUUGAAGGCGGGAAGGGCAUGGGCAAGCUAUCUAUGCAAGACAUUCUGGGAUUGUUCCGCAGAGAUGCAGAGCAUGGGGAGGGUGAUCAGGAGGACGAACGCAUGUUCAAGAAGUUUGGGACUGAUAGCAGACUCUUGGAUGGGCCCUCUGCGGGUGUGGGUGCUGGUGACUCCAGUAGGCUUGUGGCGCCUGCUCCUAGACCUCGAUCACAGGCCCCUGAGAGGCAAGGAAGAAAGGAGCAUGAGGUGUACGGGCGGAGGUGGUGA